CGACUUGCCAGCAACCGCCAAUUGCGCAUCCACCCCACGACACUGCCCUCUAUCGACAUCGCGACGACCACUGCAAGCUAGAAUUCGAUUCAAUCCCGCUGCUGCCUAUACAAGACGCCCCUUUGUUGCAGUUGUCCUAGCUUUUGAGCCAACCGACAGCGCGCGCACGUACGAUUGAUGAAAGGGGGAGGCGAACGUCGCGAACACGACCACUCUGUCUUGAUCUAACCCGGGCCAUCCGCAAUACAAAACGCGAUCUAUACUCCAAAAUAAUGGACGCUGCCCAGCUAGAAGCCCAGCAGCCACUUCCCGGCUCGCUGAGCUGGAAACUUAGCUCGCAUCCCAUCACACUUCUUACCUUUCUGGCCUUCAGAAUAUCAAGCAUCGCCGUCUACUUCUUUGGCCUCUGGGUUACUUCUAGCAUGACCAUGAUCUUCAUCAUUACGAUACUCCUUCUAGCCGCCGACUUCUACUACCUCAAGAACAUUGCUGGCCGCCGUCUUGUUGGUUUGCGCUGGUGGAACGAAGUAGAUCCCGCCACGGGAGACUCGAAAUGGGUGUUUGAGAGCAGCGAGCCCGGAAUAAAGGUCAUCAAUGCCACCGAUAGUCGCUUCUUCUGGCUGGCAAUGUAUGUCCAGCCAGCGCUGUGGGUGGCCAUGGCCAUUCUGGCGAUUGCGCGCCUCAAUGUUCUCUGGUUGCCGCUGGUUUUCAUUGCCUUGGCUCUAACGAUUAUGAAUACCCUUGCUUUUUCUAGAUGCGACAAGUUCAGCCAGGCUUCGAACCUCGCUGGUUCGGCUCUCGGUACGACCAGCCUGGCGGGCAGCAUUGCUAGCAACAUGGUGGGCCGCUGGUUCCGUGGCUAA